ACCAAGCUAGCUAGAAGAAUAAGAGAAGAACAAUGGUGAGAGCAUGCAUUGGCAAGGCCUCCGCCGUGGCCGCGAGCAGCGGCGGCGGCAAGUCGGCGGCGGCGCCCCGGCGCGUGCUGGUGCUUGGCGGCACCGGGCGUGCUGGCGGCGCAACGGCCACCGCGCUCUCCGACCUCCGCCCCGACCUCAGCAUCCUCGUCGCCGGCAGGAACAGGGAGAAAGGCACGAAGCUGGUGUCUAAGCUCGGGGAGCGAUCCGAGUUCGUCCAGCUCGACAUUCACAAUGCACGCAGGCUGGAGGCAGUCAUGGAGAGUGUGGAUUUAGUGGUUCAUGCUGCUGGACCUUUCCAAAGGGAGGACAAGUGCGCAGUCAUGCAGGCAGCAAUAUCUACUAAGACAGGAUAUGCUGAUGUUUGUGAUGGAAUGGACUAUUCCUGGAGAGCAAAAUCUUUACAUGAAGAAGCAAAAGCUGCCGGUGUUCCGGCUCUCAUAACUGCAGGGAUAUCUCCUGGAGUCAGUAAUGUGAUGGCAGCUGAGCUUGUACGUGCUGCAAAAAGCGAGAACUGUGGUGAACCAGAAAGACUAAGAUUCUUCUAUUAUAUCGCAGGCACAGGUGGUGCAGGCCCAACUGCAUUGGGGACAAGUUUUUUACUUCUUGGGGAGGAUGUAAUUGCUUACCAUAAAGGGAGAGAAAUAAAACUAAAACCCUACAGUGGGGCUCGCAAUAUUGAUUUUGGGGAAGGGAUUGGAAAGAAAGAUGUUUAUUUGCUGAACUUACCGGAGGUGAAGAGCACACAUAAAUUUUUAGGUGUGCCAACUGUUAGUGCUCGAUUUGGCUCUGAUCCUUUCAUCUGGAAUUGGGGAAUGGAAACUUUCGCAAACUUCUUGCCUGCUGACAUUUUGCGGGAUAAGAAUAUCGUUCUAAAGUUGACUGAGUGUGUUGACCCUUUCAUUAGAGUAAUUGAUGGCAUUGUAGGAGAGUGUGUCUCCAUGAGAAUUGAUCUGGAGAAUUCAAAUGGGCACAACACUAUGGGGUUAUUUACUCAUAACAGUCUAUCAGUUGGGCUAUGCAGCAGCUGCAUUUGCUCUAGCAAUUCUAGAAGGCAGCACUAAGCCGGGGGUUUGGUUUCCAGAAGAGGUGAUGCAAUGAAAGAAAACAAAGAAAUGACCAAGAAACAAAAAUCUCCUCAGCCUUUCUGAAGUAUCCCGAUUUUCUCAAAUGCAGACGGAGGGAAUAGCAAUUGAAGCAAGGAAGCUGCUGCUCCAACGUGCAUCUCAAGGAGCAGUAAACUUCGCAAUGAACAAGUGAUUUACUCUCUCAGAUCACAAUAAACAAAUAGUGUCAAUCAAGAAUGUUUUUAUGUUAGCUAACAUAAUAUGCAUGGCACUUGAAUGCAGGCAGUCCCAGAUGGUGGUAGAUACUGAUCAUAAGGAAAUUGGAAAGGGAAUUUAUGUUUGAGAACAAAAUGUACUGUUGUUAGGGUUUUAGAAAUUUCCUACUCAGUUUAACCCCCAUGUUUGGAUCAAGCUUGGAGUCCUACAUUGACAAGGUAAUUGGCAAGAGAAUACAGAGGUUUAAACAAGGGAAGCGACUAGUGGAAUGUUUCGAGCAGGCUGCAGCAAGUAGAAGGCCAUUUAAGUUCAUUACUGUGUUUCUGUAUGAUUAAUUUAUUACCCGGUUGUAAAAGGCAGAAUGAUUCUGUACUGACCCUACAAAAAUCAUGCUGGAGAAUCAUUAUACAAAUCAUAUAGUAUAAUUUCUUUAUCACGUCAAGCUAUCUAGGUUUCUAUGGACUGCAAGAUCAAGAUAUUUAGGUUAUCGUGAAUAAAUUUACAUUCCUAUAAAAGCUAGAAAGAAA